AUGUAUCUUCCAAGUGCAAUCGUUCUACUGUGCCUAACUCUACACCAUACAGCAGCGAACAUCGUAAAGCAACCAGAACCGUGUAAUAGUGGCCACUGUUUACCGAAACAUCUCUGCCCUACCGGAAGUGUGGACGAUGCACCAACCCUUGGACAAAGCGAUCUUAUUACACUGCAGGUUGAUGAAGAGAGCGAGUGUGGAGAUUUCAUGAAGAUCUGCUGCGCAGGGUCAUCCCUUACCAAUAGUACAUCGACCCCAGCAGCAAAUGACGCAGUACCAAGGGCGGAUCAGAAGUGUGGAAUUUCCAACCCUCAAGGAUUAGUUUACAACGUGGAAUCGAAUCUUACGUAUGCGAAAUAUGCGGAGUUUCCUUGGACUGUUGCUAUUUUUCAAAUAUCUUUUUCAUUGAAAAAUAUUGAGCUAAUAUACGUAGGUGGAGGCACUCUCAUACAUCCGAAGUUUGUAGUGACGGCAGCUCACACGCUGAAGAAACCGCAUCGAUAUGUAGCUCGGUUUGGUGAGUGGAAUAUUAAGUCCGAUGCGGAGAUCUAUCCAGCGCAGGACAUUGGAAUAGAGGAGCACAUCGUACACCCUUCCUUCCACGAUUUUUGCACUCCCGAGAACGAUAUAGCUCUAGCCGUAUUGAAGCAAAGCGUUAUCUACACGGCACACAUUCGACCCUUGUGUCUUCCGAGCCCGCAGGAUGUAUUCGACGGGCAGCGCUGUAUCGCGACCGGUUGGGGAUUGGACGUACGAACUAAGCAGCCAGCACCUGUAAUGAAGCGGAUUGAGCUGGACGUUGUACCACGGGCACGUUGCCAGAUGUUGUAUCAGGUGGCGGACGCCGACAGUUCGUUCCGGUUGCAUCGUAGUUCUAUGUGUGCGGGUGCGGCAGACCUCCAGGAUACGUGUGAUAAGGAUGGUGGUACACCGAUGGCCUGCCCAAAGGAGGAUGGGUCUUACGUUUUGGCAGGCAUUACUUCCUGGGGGUUGGAUUGCGGCAAACCUGAUGCGCCGGGAGUUUAUGUGGACGUGGCGAAGUUUGCUUGCUGGAUAAAUGACACGAUCGAGGGCUACGAGGAGUUGCAUGCGGAAGAAUAA